AUGUAGCCCUGGUCAAAAGCAGCUGUCAAUUCCUACAACAACAACAGCUAAGCUGACAGCAGCGCCGCAGCAGCAACAAAUCAUCGAAAAACAUUUUACCAUGGGCAACGGUGUAACCCACUACUUAAAGCCAGAUGUCUUUCCUGGCCCCGAUGUGGUGCCCAGCUUUGAUCCCAUGCUGGGAUUUCAGUCGCGCAAGGAACGCGUCAUGAUUGCUACACCAGAGGAGAUGGAAUCUGCUAAGCUGCCGCUCGAAGAUCGCGACUACUGUGCCCACAAGCUGCUAACGUAUCAGGCCUGCCGCAGUGACAAGUUCCCAUUUGUUUACCAGUGCGCACACCAGAAGCACGACUAUCUGACCUGUGAAUAUGAGGACUAUGUGCUGCGCAUGAAGGAAUUCGAACGCGAACGCCGGCUGCUGGAACGCCAGAAGCGUCUCAACAAGGCUGGUUAAAUUUGAAGUUGGAACAGUUACCAAAAGUUAUAGUGGAGCAGUCAACCAAUCUCCUCACACUGCCCGUCGCGAGCGGAAAUUUCAAAUAAAAUACCAUGCCUAGUAAUAAUAUGGA